CAGGUGAUGUGGUGGGUAGGUUCCCGCGGCCACGUGGGGCGCGCGGCGCGGGGGCGGCGCUGGGGAGUCGCCCGGGCUGCGGGUACUGGGGCUUCUGAGACCUGGGGCUGCGAGGACCAGCCACCACCUGGCCUUCUCUUCGUGAUGCUUGAAGCUGGGCACGCUGGGGGCCAUGCAGAGAGCUGGGGCUGGGGCCCGCAGGGCCUCUGACUGUGGGCCUGUCCUUUACCGGCCCAGGUGCAUCACCAAGUUUGCCCAGUGUGUGGGCUCCUUCCCCGUGGAUGACCUGGACACACAGGAGAGCGUAUGCCUUGUGCAGCAGCAGCUGUGGGUACUGAAGGACUGUUCCCGACGCCGGGCUGUCAUCCUGAAAUUCAGUCUUCAGGGUCUCAAGAUCUACAGUGGGGAGGGCGAGGUGCUCCUGAUGGCCCAUGCCCUGAGGCGCAUCCUCUAUGCUACUUGGUGCCCAGACGCCUGCCAGUUUGCCUUCGUUGCUCGGAACCCACGCAGUCCGGCCAGCAAGCUCUUCUGCCACCUCUUUGUGGGCAGCCAGCCUGGAGAGGUCCAGAUCCUGUACCUGCUGCUCUGCCGCUCCUUCCAACUUGCUUACCUCAUGCAGCACCCUGAAGAGAGGGCACAGCCCGAGUCUGGCCUGGCACCCACAGGGCACCCAGAGUCCCCAAAGCCACUCUGCAGCCCAGGGGCACCCCCUGCCCUGGUACGGGAGCCCUUCAGCCGGGAUCAGCUAUCACAGAACGUCCAUGCCCUGGUCUCCUUCCGGCGGCUGCCUGCUGAAGGGCUGCUAGGCAUUAGUGGGAAGGAGCUGGCAGAGCCAGAGGGCCGUGGAGGCACUCGUCAUGCUCGCCUGGGGAAUCCCUACUGCUCACCCACACUGGUGCGCAAGAAGGCCAUUAGGAGCAAGGUGAUCCGCUCUGGGGCCUACCGAGGCUGCACCUAUGAGACCCAGCUGCAGCUAUCAGCCCGGGAGGCCUUUCCUGCUGCAUGGGAGGCAUGGCCCAGUGGUCCUGGCGGCCCCUCGUCCCUGGUGGAGAAUGAAGGUAGCUUGACUGAGAACAUCUGGGCCUUUGCUGGCCUCUCCAGGCCCUGUGCACUGACCCUGCUGCGGAGAGAUGUGCAUGGGGCUUUCCUGCUGUGGCCUGAGCCGGGCACCAGUGACCAAUGGAGCCUGUCUGUGCGGACCCAGUGUGGUGUGGUGCCCCACCAGGUAUUCCGGAACCACCUGGGCCGCUACUGCCUGGAGCACCUGCCAGCAGAGUUCCCCAGCCUGGAGGCCCUGGUAGAGAGCCAUGCUGGGAGGGAGCGCAGCCUCUUCUGCCCGCUCAGCAUGGGCCGUCUGAACCCCACCUAUGAAGAACAGGACUGUGAGCCUGAAGGCAGACCGCCCCGGACUCUGCGGCCCCUCAGCCAUGCCAAAUCUGAAGCCGAACUGCAGGGCUUGGGCUAGGAGGCAGGCCCUUGCUUCCCUCCAGACUCUGUCUCCCCUUGGCCCCUGGGCCUCAGUAGUUGCUCUGUCCUUGCACCCUGCUCACUGGUCACUAGCUCCCAUCAGGUCAGUCUGCCCCUUGACCAGUCUUCUAUCACUUCACUGCCCGUGGGAGUGGAGCCCUGAGGUUGGAGAUGGCACUGGCCUCUCCCAGGACCUGGAGCCUGCUGAGAUACCAGGAGGAGCAGGCGGGGCUCCAGGUGAUUUCGGCCGCUCGGUCCCACUGUGCUAGUGCAGGGGCUUUCCCAAGUGGUUCACAGGUAUAGGCGCAGCCCUUGCUGAAGGAGACUAAGCCUUUGCUGGACUGGGAACCUCCAGCAAGCUCCGGACAGGAAGACCGAACACUUGAGGGAAUUGUAGGUUUGCCACUUGGAGUUCAUUUGAUCUAAUCAUUCCACUGAGAGGGACCAGCAGUAAGCUGCGCUACCCAGAUCUGCAGACCACAGUCAGUUUGGUGACUGCUUGGGGAAGCCACCUUAUAUAUAAUACAGCACUGACCACUGUUCAUGGCUGGAGGGUCACCUUUGCCAAAGGCCAGCCCCAUUUGGGAUGGAAUUCUUGCAGAAGGGGUGUGGCUGCAGCAGAGGGAGGUCCAGGGAUACAUUCUAGUGAAAGGCAGUGGUCCUGCUGGUGAGUGACAAAUCCAGCUGUCCUUUGUAAGUCAACUCAGCAAAUGCAUGAGUCCUCCUAGAGAAAAUAAGCUUGUUUUUGGAAGCAGAGGUGUAGGUGCAGGUGAGAGAGAAUGCCCUGCUCAAUGCCUUGGAAGUCAUAGAUUUCUGAUUUCUGUGGGAAGGAGGCGGUAGAAAGGAAGCAGACCUAGAUAGAGUAUGAAGGCGGACCAGGCACAGUGUUCCCAGUUUCCUGCCCACCACAAGGACUUGACCAUAGCAAGGGACUUAACUGUUUCUUUCAAAUGAGAUGUCUUGUCAUAAGGGAUGGAAGGAAAAGGUUUGUGGGGCUCUUUUCACAGGAAAUAGCACUGACUCUAGACUGAAUAUGGGCCGGAGGCUGGGACUCUUCCAAAGCCAUUUGCAGUGGCAGCCACACCCUGAGUGGGGUCUGUCCCCAGUGUGAGAAGGAGAGCUAAGCAUACCCUGCAUCCAGAGUCCAUUUCAGAGAGAUGUACCUAAGGAAACCUGGUCUUUGGGCCAGAGCUCACCUCCAGGAAGGUGUGUUCACGGUGUGAAUUGUCUGUGUGAAUGAGAUUCCAGUGUCUAGUAUGCCCAUGUCUUAAUUACAGACCACAGUUUUGUGUUUGUUCGAACCAGCACUGCUUGGGAGCCCGGCUCUCCUGUGUGGACUUUGAGACAAAUAAAACACAUUUUCACAGA